AAGAAGAUUAUUAAUUUCAUAUACAUUUCAAGAUAAUGAUUUACUUUCUAGUGCAUCGCGAAUUUUUGCACUCUGCAGUCUGCACGCGUUAUAAACUGCGAAUCUCGAGGUUUAACCCCCCUUAUAAACUGCGCAUUCUUUUGUCACCACACUACUUCUUCAGAUCUACUUGAUUUCCGUUCCGUUCAAACAGUUUCUCACUAUCUCUCUCUUCCUCUUCUUCCUUGGUCACCGCCAUUUCAAUUCAAUUCAAUUCCCGAUCCAACAUUAUUCAAUCGAAACUCAGCUUCUUCAAUUCAAUCGAUGGCAAAUCCUGCAAUCGCAAUAUUCUCCGUUCUUCUUAUCUUCCUCCUUUCAUCGCUAGUCAACAUAACUGCCACCUCCGACUCGCCGGCUCCGGAUCCGGCGCCACGUUCACCCUCCGAAUCGCCUUCUCCGUCUCCUUCUCCUUCUCAUGUCGCUCCUGCUCCGAACACUUCCCCGGCCAGUUCACCUCAAGCUCCAACUCCGGCGCCUCAUCAUCCCGAUUCGCCUCCAGCUCCUUCGCCUGGGGCAUCUCCAUCUCCGGCGGAAGCAGAUAAUAGCGGAGUUAGCCGCCACACCGGUGUGGGCGUUGCAGACGGUAAAUCAUCCGGCGGAGGAAUGAGUUCCGGGAAGAAGGCAGGGAUAGCGGUGGGAGUGAUAGUGAGUGUUGGUGCGGUUGGAUUGGGAGUGUUGGUGUACAGAAAGCGCCGGCAGAACAUGGAACGAUCUCAGUACGGAUACGCAGCGAGGAGAGAACUUCUGUAGAAGCCUUUGAUAGAGUGUUACAUGUUUUGAUUUGUCAUCUCUUAGCUUCCGCCACAGGUUAUACUAUUCACUAUUCAGUGUUCACUAUACAAUUUUAGGUUUUUUUUCU